AUGUACCCUACAGAGGACGAGAAGGCUAUCAUAGAGGCAGCAGAGAAGCUGAUGGUCGACACGAUGGCUCGGUAUGACCCAUCGCAUGACGCUUAUCACGUGAGAAGGGUACGAAAAACUGCGUUGACGAUAGCGAGUGCAUUGCCUAUCAAGCCUGAUCUAUUUGUCGUCGAAUUAGGCGCUAUUCUUCAUGACGUCCUGGAUAAGAAAUAUGUAUCAGCACAACUGGCUGCCGAUCCGUACACUUUCUUUCUGCCCUUCUUCGAAAAGCACAAAUCCAGCAUUGACCUUAUCUCGGACGGCCGAGCACGCCUUAUCACUCAAAUACUGGACAAUGUAUCUUGGAGCACCGAGAAAAAGAGAAGGCAAACCGGAGAAUGGGCUCAAUGGCAUGAGGAGUGCUCCGAGCUACAUUGUAUUCAGGAUGCCGAUAGACUGGACGCCAUUGGAGCAUUUGGCGUAAUGCGAUGUGCUGCCUACACCGUUUCCAUUAACAAGCCUUUACACACGCCUCCACACGAUCCAGCCUCAGGCGAUUCCGCAAUUCAACACUUCCACGACAAACUAAUACACAUAAAAGAACGCCUGAAGACAGAACCGGGAAAGUUGAUGGGUCAAAGGAGGCAUAAAUUACUCUUGGACUUCCUUGCUUCUGUUGAAGACGAGUACGAGUGUAGAGAGUAG